AUGUGGCUACUAGAGAAACUACGUAACAAAAUGGAGAGCAGCGGGACGUCAUCUCAGCCCCCGCAGACCACUGAAGCAAUACCCGUGGCUGUAUAUGCCAAUGUGCUGACCCCUGAAAAGAUUCCCAAUUUUUUCAUCCCCCCCAAACUCAUAUGCUGCCCACCAGAAGAGUCGUCACCCCCCAAGCCUCAGCACGGCUUGGGCUUGCGAGCAUCCUCCUCCGAUCACGUCAUCUGCGUUCAGAGUCCCAGGGGCAAAAACCCCAGCAGCCCUCGCCUCUUUUCCCGCCUGGGUGGGGACGCACGCAACCUCCAGAAGUCGGCCAACCGCCACAUCAUCCAGAUAGAAAGCGCGGACGAGCCAACCGCCGGGACUCUGGACACCAACACAAACGCAGACCCACAAUCUCAGACUGCCAUGUCAUUGCCUUACGUCCCAAAAGCCCAGACUUCUUACGGCUUCUCCACCCUGAUGGAGUCUCCGCACACCCGACGCAAGGAAAGCCUGUUCCACAGCGACCCCAGCAGCCCCCUUACCUCCCCCAACAGCCAGAGGCGCUCCCAAGGGGGGACUCACCUGGCCCCCGCCAACAACCCUUACCGCUACUUCAGCGGCGGUGAGAGCGACACCUGCUCCUCGGCGGAUUCGUCUCCAUUUAACUCUCCUCUGCUGUCGCGCUCAGCCUCUCUGCUGCGAUCCUUCACUCAGGAGACACAUGCCAAGGUAUCUCGUGCCAAGCGCUCCCUGGCCCGCCACAGCUCUCUUUCCACCGACGAUUGCAGCUCUGCCGACAACAGCCCGAACAUGCAGCGUCGCCGUAUGCGUUGCCCUACCUCUCCUGCCCUGCGCAAGUGCAAGAGCAGCGCCUUAAGGGGCGUCACCUCUGACCCUUUGCAGCGCGAGCACACCGUCAACCUGCACAAGGGCGGGACGCUCAGACUCAGCACGCACUAUGACCCAGAGGCGGCGCGGCUGAGGGUCCGUGUGCUGGCCGCCGAGUCCAUUUACGCCAAGCAGAUGGACCUGAAAAGUAUCAACUGCUGUGUGGCACUUUACCUGAAACCUGGCAAGAAGCAGAAACAGAGAAGCACCAUUAUCAAGAAUAGCAGGAAUCCCGUUUUCAAUGAGGACUUCUUUUUUGACUCACUUCCUAAGGCGCAAGUGAAAAGUAUGGCCAUGAAGAUAAAGGUGAUGAACAAGGGAACCAGUUUGAAGAGAAACAUGCUUCUUGGAGAGCGAGAAGUGAUGCUCAGUGAGUUGCUGGCAGGCCUGUAG